AUGCAGAGAACCUCUGAUGUUAAAUCAAAUGCCUUCAUAAUUCAUAAAUCAAAUGCUUUCAUCGAGCUCACAGGGAUCCCUCCAGCACCAAGAGGAGUUCCUCAAAUCAAUGUGUGUUUUGACAGCGAUGCAAAUGGCAUAUUGAAUGUCUCAGCAGAGGAUAAAACGGCUGGAGUGAAGAACAAUAUCACAAUCACUAAUGACAAAGGAAGACUGAGCAAAGAAGAAAUUGAGAGGAUAGUGCAGGAGGCAGAGAAGUACAAGGGGCAGGAUGAGGAAGUUAAGAAGAAGGUAGAGGCCAAGAACUACCUGGAGAACUACGCCUACAACAUGAGGAACACUAUCAAGGAUGAGAAAUUCGCAGGGAAAUUGGAUCCAGCAGAUAAGCAGAAGAUUGAGAAGGCAAUCGAUGAAAAUAUUGACUGGCUUGCCGGGAACCAAUCAGCAGAGGUGGAUGAAUUCGAGGACAAAUUGCAACAAUUGGAAGGUUUGUGCAACCUCAUUAUAGCUAAUUAA